CCUAAGAUCUCUGUCUUUCCAAGAAUAUAUCAGCAUAUGGUGAAAUACUUGCUGAACUUGGAAAAUUCAAAUCUUAUAGAUAGCUGUGGGGGUAUUCUGACUUUGGGUAGCUAGCAGCAAAUACUUAAUACGUCAUGGCAAAGUUGGUUUUCAUUGGUAUGCAAGUUAUGGCAUGGCUAUUGCUCUUACUGUGCUAUAUGUAGAACAUCAGAAAUCUUAAUAAUACUCCUCAAAUCUCGUAAGGAAACUGAUAUAUCCACAGCAGUGUGGGGUCUUCAUGCCCUCAUAUUUCAGUAUUAUCAGUAUGAGUUUUCAAGAAUAAGAUUGCCAUAAACGUGACGUCACUUCUUGCAGUCCUCUUUUUUUUUCACAUGAAGUUGCAUCUAUUGCUCAACUUAACCAUGAAGUGGGAAGAUUGCUAUUGGAAGCGUAAACAAAACAGUUUUGCUUUCUCUCUGUAAUCUGUCUCAGCAAAACUCAGGAGAAGCAAAGUUGUUAUAUGUUCAGGUGAGUAGUAUGAAAUGUUUCUUACCAGCAUAAAUUCCAUCCCUUUCUACUUUGAAGUGUUCUGUGACCAGCUGAACCUGUUUGAGGCUAUUUACAUUCUGUAGCCUUACAGAAUCCUGGGUCACAUAAAUCUGAUCACUGUGCUGCAAAGUCCAGCUGUUAUUUAGAGAGGCUCAAGGAAUGGAGGAGUAACCGCUUGUCCUUUUUACUUACUGGGCAGUUGAGCUAGUUUGCCUUGUGCAAGUGCUUGAAGAUGAGCUGAAAAUUAAAGGUUUUUGUUGUUCUUAUCUUUUUCUACCUUGGGAGUUUUUGUUGGUUUUUGAAACUUUGCAACCUGUGCUGUUGUCAUUCUGAAAUUGAUGGUAUGAAUUCCAAUUUAGAUGGGAGCUUGUUUGUUGUUUUUUUCCUUUAAUUGGAAGGCAGGGUGAGGUUAUGCUUUCUUUUCAGAAAGCCACCUUCCUGCUGAAUGGUUAAAAAGAGGAAAAAAAAGAUCAUUAAUCUAAGCAAAGAUCAACUCUUAGAAUUUAAUCUGUUUCUUACUACUCACUUCUUUAACUGAAGUCAUUCUGUUGUUGUGGAGCUUUUCUUAAAAAGCUAGUAUGGACUAGAAUUAAUUUUUUGUAUGAAAGAAUAGAAGCACAGCAUCAAAACUUUGACAUCUUUGUAAUUAUUAAACAAAAAUUAAUAGAAAUCUACAGAGACAAACAAACAACUUUAAAAUUAUUUAAUGUCUGUGGUCUCCAAGGCCAAUCUGAAAAAGCUGAGAAAAUACAGUUAUUUUUGCAUAAUCAUCCAAAUAGGAUGGAUCAAGUUAAACAGGUUGAACGAAAUGAUUUUAUAAAAGUAGCAUCAAGUUUCUCUUGUACAGCAUCCAAUUAUUUCUGCAUAAUAUUUUAUGAGAGGUUAGAUAUCUUUGCUAGUGUCUGGUUCUACAAGUCUUCCCUGAGAUACACUUAGUCCUUGUCAGUGCCAGUUGUCACUGAGGACAACUUCAUUACAUCACUUAAUGCUAAGCCUUAUGAGCUAAGGUUGUUCAGCUCUUUAUUGUACUGGCUGAAAGAGGGUGCUCCUGCUAGGCUCUUGCAGUGGAAGGCCAGAUUCCAUAGCAGCAGUUGGAGGGCUGUCAGCAUUCAGAGCACCAUGAAUUUGUUUGUGUGCUAUUGUGGUUGCACUUGAGGAAAUGUAAACUGCAAGCUUGCAGUUCUGUAUAUUUUGUUGGAAAAUGUUACAAGCGGACUUGAGAUCAGAAAAUUCCAUUCUCCUUCAGUCAGACAAUUUUCAAAUAGUUUAUUUCAGUAGUGUUCUCUUUGGGACCAUUGUUAGGUCUUUGUUUUGUUUUGUUUUUUGCAUACUCACCCGGGCAGUUAAAGCCAGGCUGUGAAGGCAUCUAUGUGUCUCACUGCCACAGUGUGCAUUUCUGGAAAAUUGCUUGGAAAUCAAUAGGAUGCAGUUAUUGUUAGCACGCUGGUCUGUUCUGACAGAGCUGUUUUAAGACUGUGGACCAAUUCCUCACCAUUUAUUUCUGCAGGUACAUGGAGCAAACAACCCAGGAAUGACAGUGUGACGUAGUUAAGAUUAGUGCAGAGAUGAUGGUGCUUAAGGAGGGACAGUGUAGGAGCUGAAAAUAGCAGCACUGUCCCUCAGAUGCAAUUGUGAAAAAUGGAUGUCCCAGAAUGAGGUAUUGUAAGAGAGAGAAACUUCAAGACUGAUGAUGAGAAAAAAGUGCACAGUUUGGGUGUGUCAAGCUGGGGAGGCGUCACCCCAUGCCAGGAAUUUAGGCUCAGAAGAUUUCCACAGCAGCUUAGCCUUGUAGCUUUAACAAAAGCUAUAUAAUUGUGUAACAAGGUAUACAGCACCAUGCUGUAGCUCUUUGUGUAGUUUGUUGUUUCUGUGUAAAACCUUUCCACAAAUAUCUGGUCUUUUGCUCAUUACUCUAUAUAUGAAAUAUGUGUCAGUAUUGACCUAUUUCAGACAUGGCUCUUCGUGAGUCUGUGAUAUUCUGUGUUUAGGAAAACCUACUCUUUCCAAAUGUGAAUUGGCAUUUCAGUAGCUAGACUUUGACAGUUGUGUGUGAGAAGCUGCGAGUCACAGUUCAGGCUGAGGUACACAUUAGGAAAAUGUAGCUUAUCGUUUCACUUCAAAUAUGCUUCAUUAUUUCAUUUUGUUUUCCACAGUGGAAGUCCAAAAAUAAAAGAACAGUGAAAGGAAUCUACCUUCAUUCUCCAUGUUUUCUCUGCUCCUAUGAGCUGUGAUGGACAGUCACCAGGCAGAAGUUCAGAGUUUGAAGCUAGAUAAUGAUUCAGUUAUAGAAGGAGUAAGUGACCAGGUACUGGUGGCAGUUGUGCUCAGUUUCACUUUCAUUGCUGCUCUGAUAUAUACGCUUUUCAGGAAUGAACACCAGAACAUACAUCCAGAAAAUCAAGAGCUAGUACGAGCUCUUCGGCAGCAGCUUCAAACUGAGCAGGAUGCUUCUAAUGGUGACAGACAUCGCUUCUAUACAGACAUGUCUUGUCCAGUCUGUUUGCAACAAGCUACAUUUCCCAUAGAAACAAACUGUGGGCAUCUCUUCUGUGGUUCCUGCAUUAUUGCAUACUGGAGAUAUGGAUCAUGGCUUGGUGCCAUCCGUUGUCCAAUUUGCAGACAAACGGUGACAUUAUUUUUACCACUCUUCAGUGAAGAUCAGCAAGGUGCAGUGCAAGUAUUACAAGAUGUUAAUGACUACAAUCGGAGAUUCUCAGGACAACCCAGAUCUAUUAUGGAAAGAAUUAUGGAUCUGCCCACUCUGCUGCGGCAUGCAUUCAGGGAGAUGUUUUCUGUUGGAGGCCUCUUCUGGAUGUUUCGCAUCAGAAUAUUCCUCUGUUUGUUUGGAGCCUUUCUCUACUUGGCAUCACCUCUGGAUUUUCUUCCUGAAGCGCUUUUUGGAAUUCUGGGGUUCUUGGAUGAUUUCUUUGUCAUUUUCCUUCUGCUGAUAUAUAUUUCCAUCAUGUACCGAGAAGUGGUAACCCAGCGGCUGAAUAGAUGAAAUGGCUGAAAGUCACCUAGUCACAGAGAUGGAAUGUUUCAAAAAGAGAACCAUGAGUAUGGAAUAGCAAGGUGCCUAUGUACAGUUUCAGUAGUUAUAAUUCCAUAGCUUCUAGUUGAUCAUCUUAUACAAAUAUGAAAGGUUAGUGUGUGGUGAUGCUUAACUGGAAUCUUUAACUUUUGUAUUACAUAUGCUUCAUAAUGAUGAGGUCAGUUUUAAGAUGUAAUGAACUACCUUCAUCUGCUUAUAUUUGAUGAACAAUUGUAUGAGAUCAAAGCAGAAAACACCUCUUUUGAAGUGAUUUCUGAAAAAAAGGGAUUCUAGUAAAGAACUUAAAGGAAAAAAAGAUAUGUUUGGUACUCUAGACAUGCAUAAAGAAAUUUAAAACUUCUUCACAAGACAAUUGUCAGUAUGUUUAAUGUCUCACUGUUGUGGGCUUUUAAAAGUAGCUUUGUGUAUCUUUGUGGAAGAAAUCAAAUGAUCGCAGUACCAUUACUACCUGCAGUUUGCUACUGUCCGCUUGCUUCACAGAAACAAGGGGAACACCUCAGUAUUGCUUGAGCUGCAGUAUGAACAGUUGCAUGCAAUUCGUACGAUUUUAUUUUUAUAUUUUAUAAUAAUGCACUCGCCGUAUGAUCUACAAGGAGAAACCUAUGUUAUACAUGCCAGACUGGCUAGUGCUGUGUUUUUUAGUGGGAGCAUGUUUUUCUUUUCUUCUGAAACUUGUUUAUUUAGUGGGUAUGUACCUUGAAAGUGUUUUUUUUUUUAAUGCAGCUUUAGGUCAGUGCAGUGUAUCUUCAUUGGACGUUUGCAUGCCUUUAGCUGCAUUAAACAUUUAGGUAGUUGAAAGAACCCUGAGAUUUUAGGCAGUGAUUAUAGAAGUCACAACUGGAUGUUUACACUACAGAACUUUACCAGACCGUACAUUUUCAACAUGAAUAUUAAUCAACUUAGAUAUGAGGCGUUUAAUUUUCCCUGGGGGUUUUCUUGUUUGAUUGACUGAUUGAUUUUGAUGUGGGUAGAGGGUAUUUUGAAUUAACUUUAAAAAGAUCUUUGAGUAGGGACCACAAAAAAAAAAAAAAGUCCUGAAAAUGUUUUCAAAAUGACUGGGCUAUUGAUGAUCCAAUCCCUAAAGGUUUUGUUUUGUUUUGUUUUGUUUUGUUUUUUUGGUUGGUUUCUUUUAGGGGGAUGGUAGAGAGGUGUUGUUUUAGUGGUGGUGUUUUUUAGCUUUAAUUUUUCUUUCUGGGGGGAGGGAGUGUUCUGUUUUUUGUUUGGUUGGUUUUGCUUUUUUAUUUUCUGUUGAAUUUCAGUAUAGGCUAUCAGAGCUACAGAAUUCAUUUGAAAAUAUUUUCAUUUUGUGAAAGGGAAUGCCACUAGAAAGCUCAAAAAUAUUCUGUAUCUGUGUAAAUUUUAGUUAGAAAACUUAGGACAGAUACUUAGUUAGGAAAGAUAAUUGUCAUUUUACUUUGACUUCCUGAGUACUUGAAAGACUAUGAUGAGACAGGUGAUUCUUUGCAUGUUUACAUAUUAUUCUAUGAGACUUAAAAUGAGAGGGACCUUCUCACAGCUUCUCUGUGUUGCCCAUGUAGGAACCUUUCCACAGCUUCUAGUACCUAGGCUGAGAGAGUUGAGGCUGUUCAGCAUGAAGAAGAGAAGACUCCAGGUAGACCAUAUAGUGGCCUUUCAGUAACUAAAGGGGUCUGUAAGG